UAAUUAUCAAGAAGACGCAGCAGUCAAAUAAGUCAACGAUGCUGAAUAGGGAAUGCUAUAUAAUAAAGGACCUUAUUGUACUGGGUGAACGCUAUGUAAAGGAGAUGAAAGAUGGAAGUAGCGAG